AUGCCGCACGCUUCUGGGGAACCGAUUGCUGUCGUCGGUUUGGGUUGCCGAUUCCCCGGCAGCUCCAACAGCCCCUCCAAACUAUGGGAAUUGAUCUGUGACAAGAAGGACAUCCUCAAGAAAAUCCCACUCGACAGAUUCAAUGCAGACGGCUACUUCCAUGAAGAUGGAGAGAGACAGGGGCUGAUGAACGUCAAGCACGCCUACACCCUGGAUGAGGACAUCCGAGCGUUUGAUGCCUCCUUUUUCAAGACGAAUGCCCGCGAGGCAGAGGCCAUGGAUCCACAGCAGCGUUUACUGCUGGAAACAGUGUACGAAGCGCUGGAAUCGGGUGGAUUCUCCAUGGGUGAUCUGCAGGGGUCUGAUACAUGCGUCUAUGUCGGUAGCAUGACAGGCGACUACCACGAGAUGUUGAUGCGAGACCCUCAAGAUAUGCCCAAAUACAUGGCCACGGGAACAGCACGAAGUAUUCUCUCUAACAGGAUAUCAUACUGUUUUGACUGGCAUGGGCCGUCUAUGACCAUUGACACAGCCUGUUCGUCCAGUCUGGUGGCAGUCCAUGAGGCUGUCCAGGCACUGAGAAUGGGGACGUCAAAGGUCGCAUGUGCUGCAGGUGCUAACCUAAUUCUCGGCCCGGAGAUGAUGAUUUCGGAGUCAAAGCUGCACAUGCUGUCGCCCACAGGCAGAAGCCGAAUGUGGGAUGCUGCGGCCGAUGGCUAUGCGCGAGGCGAGGGUUUCGGAGUUGUCAUCCUCAAGACCUUGUCUCAGGCAGUUGCUGAUAAGGAUAACAUUCACUGCAUUAUCCGUGAGACUGGAGUAAACUCUGACGGACGAACCAAUGGAAUCACGCUUCCUAGCUCCGAGUCCCAGACGGCUCUUAUCCGACAGACAUAUGCUCGUGCGGGACUCGACUGGAACAAGGAUCGAUGCCAAUACUUCGAAGCCCACGGGACUGGAACGCCUGCGGGAGAUCCGAUCGAGGCACGAGCCAUCCAUGACGCCUUUUUCCCAAGCAAAACAACAACUGGCACCGACGAUGUCCUGUAUGUUGGCUCGGUAAAGACGGUCGUCGGCCACUUGGAAGGCUGCGCCGGUAUUGCUGGCCUCAUCAAGGCUAGUGAGGCCGUGCGAAGAGGCGUCAUUCCUCCCAACAUGUUGUUCGAGAAGCUCAACCCCGCCAUUGCCCCUUACUACAACAAUCUCCAAGUGCCUCAGCAGCCGAUCCCUUGGCCGGCCCUGAAGGAAGGGACCCCGCGACGAGCGAGCGUCAACUCGUUUGGCUUCGGAGGAACUAACGCGCAUGCCAUCAUCGAGAGCUACGAUGCCGAUAAGGCCAGGCCUGUGGUCCCGCAGCCGGAGUCCAUCAUUCCAACGCCACUUGUGCUCUCAGCAGCCUCAACGAGCACAUUGAAGCGUAUGGUGGCCAACACACGAGAUUUCCUCCUCUCCAACAAGUUGACUCCUCUGCAAGAUGUCUUGUUCACGCUGUCCGAGCGCAGAUCCCAACACGCUGUCCGAGCGACGUUCUCGGGAUACAGUAGGGAGAGACUCAUCGAGAAGCUUCAGAUUGCGUUGGAUGAUGACAGCUGGACUGGCACCACUGUGGAAGCCGAGAUGGCCGAGCCGCGCAUUCUGGGCGUCUUCACCGGGCAGGGCGCGCAAUGGCCAACUAUGGGUAGGGAGAUACUUAAAUCGUCUCAUGUGGCAUCGGAGACUCUCCAGAAACUGCAGGACUCACUGGACAGUCUGCCCGAUCCUCCGUCAUGGACGCUCAAGGACCAGAUCCUUGUUGACAAGAGUACCUCUCGUCUGUCCGAGGCCGCCGUUGCCCAACCGCUGUGCACGGCUGUCCAGAUCAUGCUUGUUGACCUGUUGUUGCUGGCUGGUGUCAAGUUCAACGUCGUGGUCGGACAUUCUUCUGGCGAAAUCGGCGCUGCUUACGCUGCUGGCAUGAUCUCUGCGGAAGAGGCUAUUCGCAUCGCCUAUUACCGAGGCGUCCAUGCAAAGCUCGCGCGUGGUAACAACGGCAAGCCAGGAGCCAUGAUGGCUGUUGGCCUCUCGUACGACGAGGCAUCUGAUUUUUGCGAGCAGAACUUCUCCGGUCGGAUCGAUGUCGCUGCGAGCAACGCCCCGGCCAGCGUCACGCUCUCUGGAGACAAAGACGCGGUUCAGGAGGCGCAGGCUAUCUUCCAGGAGCGAGGAACUUUUGCACGCCUCUUGCAGGUCGACACGGCGUAUCACUCCUCCCACAUGAUACCCUGUUCAGAACCCUACAUGGAGUCUCUGGCGGCGUGCGACAUCCGGCCGAAGCAGCCACGCGAGGGCUGCACCUGGUUCUCCAGCGUAUACGGCGACCGGAUGGAGGGCGAUAUGAUCGAUGCGCUGACGGGCGAGUACUGGAAAGACAACAUGGUAAAUCCCGUACUGUUCUCGAUGGCUGUUGAGCUCGCUGCAAACGGUGAACUUCCCUGCGACGUCGUACUCGAAGUCGGGCCUCACCCAGCACUCAAGGCGCCCUUCUCUCAGACAUACAAACAAACUGUCGGCACCGAACUGCCGUAUCAGGGCGUGCUGAGCCGUGGGAAGCACGAUGUCGAGUCGAUUAGUGAGGCGCUCGGAUUUCUUUGGUCGCGCCUCGGAACCUCAGGCACGAACCUGGGCGCCUUCUCAAAAGCGUUCAACCCUGAGUUCUCGCCACAACUCACCGCCCUUCCUGCAUAUCCUUGGGAUCACUCGCAGUCCUUCUGGAAAGAGUCUCGCAAGUCUCGCAACUUUCGCAGCAAGCCCAAUGCUCGCCAUCCGCUCCUGGGAGACCGCUCAACCGAAGAUAUUGACCAGAGCAUGGUAUGGAGGAACAUCCUCCGCCUCGAAGAGCUGCCUUGGCUCGAUGGCCACAAAGUCGAGGGGCAGGUCAUCUAUCCAGCUGCUGGGUAUCUGGUUAUGGCGCUUGAAUCAUCCAACUCCUUGACGCUUGGUGCCGGCCGCGAAGUCGAGCUGAUUGAGUUGUACGACGUCGAGAUCGGAAAUGCCAUCCCGCUGUCUGAUGAAUCGCCGGGUGUAGAGACUAUCUUCACGCUGAAGCCAGCGAAACCCAAUGGAGAUGCAAUCACUGCUGAGUGGGCAUGCUACUCUCCUGCUGGCGAUAACGCUCCGUGGCGGUGCAAUGCUUCGGGAAGCGUGCGAGUCGUAUUUGGCGAUAUUGACGGCGACGACGAACCUCUCCCUCGUCGCGUUGCCCCUGUUGCAUCUCUCAGUAGCGUUGAGACGGAGCGUUUCUACACUUCGCUGACUGAGAUUGGAUUGAACUACACCGGUCCUUUCCGUGCCCUGCAAGCGAUCGAGCGCAAGUCCGGCAUGUCGACUUCGACCGUCACUCAGCGAUCGGAGCUGCCCACCAUCAUUCACCCUGCCAUCCUCGACGCGGCUUUCCAGUCCUUAUUUGCGGCAUUCUGCUGGCCUGGUGACGGAACCUUGCGCGGUCCUUUUGUUCCCACAAGGCUCCAGAAGCUGCGUAUCGUCAACAAACGCAUUGUCGAGUCAGCGCGAGAGCUUGUUGUCGACUCAUAUAUCACAGAAUCGUCGGCGCAGAAUUUGACAGCAGACCUUGGUGCCUUCGAGAUUGGCUCCAACAAAGGUAUUGUGCAAUUGGAGGGCCUGACUUGCACCUCACUUGUGCCCCCAGGCCCAAGAGACUACAAAGAGCUGUACACGCGGCCUCAGUGGGAACUGGACAUUGCCAGCGCUGUUGCGUCACUUCCCACCACACGUGGAGAUGCCGCCGACGAUUUGGAACUUGUCGACCUUUGCGAGAGGCUCACGUACUACUACCUUCGCCGGCUCAACGACGAGAUUGAUCGCAGCGAGGUUCCUGCCAUGGAGUGGCACUUCCAACGCAUCUUCGAAUGGAUUGACUAUCUCUUCCCUUGGAUUGAAGAGGGCACGCAUCCUACAAUUCGAAAGGAGUGGAAGUCAGACACAGGCGCCUGGUUGCACCAACAAAGAGCCCGAUUCCCCGACCAGGUGGACCUUCAGCUGAUCACAGCCGUGGGAGAGCACCUUGCCCAGGUAGUACGCGGCCAGACCACCAUGCUGGAACACAUGAUCAAGGACGACGUCCUCAACAGGUUCUACAAGUUCGGUUUGGGUUUCCAAAGAGCAAACGGCUUUAUGGGCCGCAUUGCCAAACAGGUUGCGCAUCGCUAUCCUCGUAUGAAGAUCCUCGAGAUUGGCGCCGGUACGGGCGGUGCUACGAAAGGAAUUCUCGAAGCCCUGGGCACUACAUUCGAGAGUUACACAUUUACCGAUAUCUCAACCGGCUUUUUCGAAGCUGCUGCCGAGGCAUUCUCUCCUUGGGCCGACAAGAUGAUCUUCAAACCUCUGAAUGCGGAAAACGACGUUCUUGAACAAGGAUAUCAGGAGAAGUCGUUUGACUUUAUCAUCGCCUCAAAUGUGCUGCACGCGACCAAGACCCUGUCGGAGACCAUGAGGAACGUCCGUCGACUGCUCAAGCCCGGCGGCCAUUUGCUCCUGCUUGAGGUCACGAGCGACAUUGUCCGUGUGAAGCUGAUGAUGGCUGGCUUGUCAGGUUGGUGGCUGGGAGGCGACGACGGCCGUCGCUACGGACCGACCAUUACCAGAGAACAGUGGGAUUCGCUGCUCAAAAACACGGGAUUCUCUGGUGUUGACCACAUAAUCAAUGACUUCAUUGACGAGUCCAAGUACAUGACGUCUGUCAUGAUUUCGCAAGCCAUUGACGAGGACGUCGCUCUCUUGCGGCAGCCGCUGUUGACCUCGGCCCAACACCCUGUCUGGACUUGCCCACCCAUCACCAUUGUUGGCGGCAGCUUCGAAAAUGUCGCAUCCAGAACGGCCAAGAUACUAUCAGCUAUCCCUGGUCUGCAUCCCCGGGUUACCUUGGUUGAAAAGAUUGCGGAUGUAGCAGACAAGGCUGUGACCACGACCACGCUUGUCAUCUUGGAAGAUCUGGAUGAGCCUGUAUUGCAGAGAUUCUCGCAGGAGAAACUGAAUGCCCUUCAGAGAGCAUUACCAGAGAGCAGACAGCUGCUCGUCAUCGCAUUAUCCAGCGCCCACGGUUCAACCAUCAGCGUGCCUUCUGGCUGCGUCUUCAAGGUGGCCGAAGGCUCAAACUUUGCCACUCUUCUUCAAGACGUUACGGCAGCUGUGAUUGCUGACCAGCUCAUCUCUGACAUUCCACUUGGAAGCACCGUCGUGCUACAUAAGAGUGACAAGUUCCUCGGAGCAGUGCUCAAGCGCAAAGCAGCCAAGGCUGGUCUGAAUGUGAAGAAUAUCAGCCUACACAAGUACGCUUCCGAGAAGACCCUGCGCAACGCUAUUCCUGCGUCUUCACGACUUAUCGUUGACUUUGCUUCGGUUUCCCACUGGGCUGAUUCCCUUCCCGAGGGCUGCACGUACUGGAAUGUGCAAAGCUUUUUCCCUCACUCGCCCAAGGGGGACCCAAUCCUUGUUGCAGAAGCUGUGAGGCGACUCGUUGAUUUGGCACAGCUGCAGCCAUCCGUCUACUCAAAGGUGGACGUUAUUCCUCUGGCUGAUCUUGUUAAUCAAACCGUAUCGGCGACGACCUACUCGACCAUUGUCGACUUUUCCGAUGCAUCGGCUGUUCCAUCCCAGAUAUGUCCUCUCAACCCUUCAACGCUUUUCCGAAGUGACCAUACGUAUCUCCUUGCAGGCUGUACGGGUGGCCUCGGUAAGGCUCUCUGUCUGUGGAUGGCAUCACAAGGUGCCAAAUACUUCGCGCUUACGACACGAGAUCCCCGCAAGAUUGACCAGCUCUGGCUGAAGGAACUGGCCGCCUUAGGUGCCGAGGUCAACCUCUACGGCCUUGAUGUCGCGGACAAGGUUGCCCUGUCGGCAGCUCGUGACCAGAUUGAGCAAGAUAUGCCCCCGAUUGCGGGUGUUGUUAAUGCAGCCAUGGUUCUGUCCGAUCGCUCGUUUGGUGAAAUGACAGCUCAAAAUUUCCAUACAGUUUUCGGUCCCAAGGUGGACGGUACCAAGAACCUCGACGAGCUGUUCUACGAUCACCCUCUUGACUUCUUCAUCAUGUUUUCCUCUCUUGCAAGUAUUGUUGGCAACCGUGGUCAGUCCAAUUAUGUCGCUGCGAAUCUGUUCAUGUCUACCAUUGCGGAACAGCGCCGGCGAAGAGGACUUGCUGCAUCCGUUAUUCACAUCGGCAUGGUCCUGGGUGUUGGCUACGUGUCUACCACCGGCAUCUACGAGAGCACUUUGCGCCAAUACAAUUACAUGCCGAUUCCUGAGCAAGAUUUUCUCGACAUGUUUUCCGAGGCCAUUGUUGUUGGUCGACUCGAGGCAAAUCAUUCACCUGAGCUCAUCACCGGCUUGGACCGCCACAGCCUGCGUGAAGACGCACAGCGAUUAUUCUGGCAAGAUAACGUGAAGUUUUCCCACCAUACACUCAGCGAAGUCCGCCAGACAGAGACAACAACGGCAGACAACAUGUCACUGGCUCAGCGUCUAGCUCAAGCAACUAGCAUUGAGGAAGCAGAGGAGCUCAUCCAAGAGGGCUUCUGCACCAAGCUUGAACGAAUGUUGCAGGCCGCCAAGGGAUCCAUUCAAGUGUCACAGUCACUAAUGAAUCUGGGUGUCGACUCUCUGAUUGCCGUCGAGAUUCGCUCCUGGUUCUUGAAGGAGCUGGAUGUUGACGUGCCAGUCCUCAGGGUCCUCAGCGGAGCAUCAGUCUCUGACCUCUCUAAAGAGGCUGCAGGUAAGGUGACAAUUGGUACUGAGACACCAACCGAAGUAGCUACACCGGUAAUUGUCACGGAACCCAUUCAGCUCAUUCCCGCCUCGGCGAUUACGACGGCCGCUCAGUCCACUGCACCAUCUGUUUUUGACGGAUCCAGUUCUGUCUCCAGUCGUGGUGUUUCGCCUCCCCGAUCAUCAUCCGAUUUGUCUGAAAUUGAGCACAAGGUGAAGCGGGAGCAGCUGCACAUCGAGCGGGUGGCUGAAAUGUCCUUUGCGCAGAGCCGACUGUGGUUCCUACGCCAGUUCCUUCAAGAUCCUACAACGUACAACGUGACGCUUUCCUACAGCAUCACUGGUCGACUACGGAUCAAUGACUUCCGCAAUGCUUUCCGACAAGUUAUCGCACGACACGAAUCGCUCCGCACAUGUCUUUACAACGAUCCCGAGACAAAUACGCCGACGCAAGCCGUCUUCUCGGACGCGAUCUUCGAACUCGACUACAAGACAGGCACAACAGUUGAAUGCGAGUUUGCCAAGAUGCGCGACCACAUAUUCGACCUCGAAAACGGAGAAAAUAUGAGGGCUGUCAUCAUCUCCGAAUCAGAGUCCAAGUACUUCUUUGUGCUUGGCUUCCACCACCUUGCCUUUGAUGGAUUCAGCGCCCAAACUCUGGUCAAGGACCUAGCAAUGGCCUAUGCUGGACAGCCUUUGCGCCCUCUUAAGCACCAGUAUAUUGACUUCGCCAUCAAGGAAAAGACCCUUACAUGGAGCGAUGAUCUCGCAUACUGGAAAGCUGAGUUUUCUGAGCUUCCCGAGACGCUACCGCUAUUCCAGUUCACCGAGACAAAAGCUCGUAUUCCCUUGACCGAGUACAAUACCCGAGCUCUGACACAGCAGCUUCCAAAUCAUAUUGCGUCCCAGGUCAAGGAGGCGUCGCGAGGCUUGAAUGUCACACCUUUCCACUUUCACCUGGCUAUUACACAAACGCUUUUGUCUCGCCUCUUAGAUACCAGCGAUAUCUGCAUUGGAAUUACGGACGCCAACAAGAAUGACUCAGAGUUUCUCGAUACGAUUGGCUUCUUUGUCAAUCUAUUGCCGCUCCGCUUCAAGGCUGAUGGCACACAGUCAUUUGCCAGUCUAGCUACUACGGCAAAGGACAAGGUUCACCAAGCCUUGGCGCAUUCUCGGGUACCGUUUGAUAAACUCUUGGAUGAGCUCAAGGUGCCUCGUUCAACAGACCACAGCCCGCUCUUCCAAGUGGUUCUCAACUACAAGAUGGGUUCAACGCAGUCCGUCCCUCUUGCGGAAUGCCAGGCGCAGACCAUUCGAUUCGAAGAUGCCAGAAACGCCUACGACCUCAGUUUUGAGGUUGAAAGCUUCCCAGAUGGUGGAGUGCUUCUCUCGCUCAAGACGCAGGAUUACUUGUAUACCGAUCAUGAUCUGAGGACAAUUCUUAAUACAUACACGCAUUUACUCGACGCGUUGUCGCGCGAACCAAACUUAGCCGUCAACGCUAUUAACCUUGCCCCUACCUCAAGUCUGGAUCUCAGUCUGCAACUCGCUCGAGGCGAUACAUACGAGCCAGCAAUUCUACACCUGCCCGGCUGGCUUGAUCACUGGACGGACCGGCAAGCCGAGGCAACCGCCAUAAGAGACGAUUCUGGUGCUACGCUCUCAUACAGAGAUACUACGGCGCGAGUCAAUGGCAUUGCGCAGCUUUUGACUGACGCUGGCGCCAAGCCAGGCCAGAGAGUUGGCUCUUACUGUGAGCCUAGCAUCGAUGCCAUUUGUACUCUGCUGGCCAUUCAGAAAAUUGGCUGCAUCUACGUGCCGCUUGAUGUGCAGAACCCGGUGCCCCGCUUGAACUUGAUUCUGAAGGAUUGCCAGCCAUCGCUGUUGGUGUAUCAUGACGCGACUGAGCCAUCUGUUCAGCAAUUUGAAACGUCUGCAUCACUUGUCUCCAUUUCCAAGGCCACUGCACUGGCAACCGCCGUCGAUGCACCCAAGCUGGAUCACCUUGCCACAGCGUAUAUCCUCUAUACCAGUGGUACAACUGGCAUUCCUAAGGGAGUCAUGCUGUCGCAUGCCAACCUGAUGUACCACAUUGCCGGCGUUUACAAGAAAUACGGUCUGGAGAAGGAAACAGUGCUUCAACAGUCGUCGCUCGGAUUCGAUCUGUCGCUAGCUCAAAUCUGCCAGGCUUUUUUCUCUGGAGGCACACUCGUGAUUGCGCUGAAGGAGACUCGACGAGAUCCGGCAAAGCUCUCGAAGCUCAUGCUCGAGGAAAAGAUCACCUACACCUGGAUGACUCCCACCGAGUAUUCCAUGAUUCUGAGGUACGGUGCUGAUUAUCUGCGCCAAUCGACUUAUUGGCGGUCUGCUUUUUCUGCUGGAGAGUUCAUGUCGUCCAACCUCCUCAGCACAUUCCUCCGAGUGCAGCCUCCACACCUGCGCCUCUUCAACGGCUGCGGUCCAACGGAAAUCACAAUCAACAACUGCAUUGGUGAGAACGAGCUGAGCGAUUCAGCGCCGCGUGACACUCGAAACCCGUCCAUUGGCAAGUCGCUACCGAACUACUCUACCUAUAUCCUCGAUGAGAACUUGAAGCCAGUUCCGGUCGGGUAUCCGGGAGAGAUCUGUGUCGGUGGCCCUGCCGUGGCUCAGGGAUACGUUGAUCGCAGUGAGCUCACUGCUGCAAAGUUCCAGCCUGAUCCAUAUGGGCCUUGCCACUUGUACCGCACGGGUGACAAGGCCAAAUUCCUUCCCGAUGGCCGUCUUGUGUUCCUUGGUCGAAUCGCGGGUGACUCUCAAGUCAAACUCCGUGGUUUCCGAGUAGAGCUUAACGACAUUGCCAACACCAUCAUUAGGGCUAGCGAAGGUGUCAUCCGUGAUGCGGCAGUAAGCUUCCGAAGGGGGCAGGACACCGCCGAGGACAUCUUAGCAGCAUUUGUUGUUCCGUCCUCAAAGGAGGAGCAAGUUGCACCUGGAACCCUGGAGCAGCUUCGAGACAAGUUGCCCCUCCCGGCAUACAUGCGUCCCGCCAGAAUGAUUGCCGUGCAUGACUUGCCCGUGAACUCGUCGGGAAAGCUCGAUCGAUACGCUUUGGACAAGCUGCCGAUUCCAAGCAUCUCUUCGAGUGCUGAGAUUGGACAACUUACCGCUGUGCAAUUGAAGUUGAGAGAGCUUUGGCUCAAGGUCUUGCCUGCAGUGGAUGCUGCUACAAUUGGCGCCAACACUGACUUUUUCUCCAUUGGUGGCAACUCUCUUCUCAUGGUCCGACUUCGUGGAUUGAUUGCGGAAGCGUUUGACACAGAGGUUUCCGUUUUUGAGCUCUUCCAGUCCAGUAGCCUAGGCAACAUGGCUGCUAAGCUCCAGUCGUCCGAGGUAGACGAAAUGAUUAACUGGGAACGGGAGACAGCUGUUCAGCCUCUCCCAGUUGCCGAUGGCAAUUCCCUCCAGCAGGUCUACGAGGGGCUUGAAGUUCUGCUUACCGGAGCCACUGGGUUCCUCGGAUCAUCGAUACUCAGUCACCUUGUUGCAGACGAACGCGUUUCCAAGGUGCACUGUGUCGCCCUCCGCGGAAUUCAUCCUCUAGCAGUGCAGUCACCAAAGAUUAUCCAGUAUUCCGGUGAUCUUUCAAAUAAGACUCUAGGUCUAUCGGAAUCCGACUUUAGCACUCUUUCUAGUCGCGUGCACCGCAUUAUUCACAACGGCGCGACGGUGUCAUUCCUCCAAUCUUAUUGGUCCCUUCGCGAACCAAACGUUGAGAGCACGAAGACGCUUGUGUCUCUCGCCGCAUCCCGAGGAAUUCCGCUGCACUAUGUUUCUUCUGCUGGAGUUGUCAACUUCACUGGAUUGGAUGGCCUGCCCCCCGUUUCCGUUUCCGAGCACAAACCCCCGACUGAUGGGUCGAAUGGCUAUUCGGCCACGAAGUGGGCGAGCGAAGUGUACUUGGAGAAGGUGACGGAGAACACCAACCUGCCUAUCUGGAUCCAUCGCCCCAGCAGCAUCACGGGGAACAAUGCUCCCCAUACCGACUUGAUGCAGAGCAUCAUUCGACACUCUUUGAGCCUUCAAGCUAUUCCUGAUCUAGGCUCCUGGCAAGGCAGCUUUGACUUUGUUCCUGUUGACGACGUUGCAGCAGGCAUCACCUCUGCCUUGUAUGACGUCGGGCAGGGCUUGACUUUUGCUCAUCAUUGCGGCAAGGAAAAGAUCCCCGUCCACGAGCUAAAGAAGCACUUGGAAUUUGCAAACGGCAUCAAUUUGGAUGUUUUGAGCCUGAAGGAGUGGGUGGAUAAGGCAAAGUCCAGGGGUUUGCUGGAUGAUGCCAGCGAGGUGCUGGUUGCCAAUAUUGUGGGUGUUUCUGAUGGAAAGGCCAUUCUACCAAGUCUGCUUUAG